UAAACAAGAAGAGAUGAUUCCUCCCGGGUCACUCCUGGAGUGAUCCGGUGUCUACUUUAUAGCCCUAACUAUGUGGCCUAGCCUGGGGUAAUGAAUCGGUCUCAUCAUCUGUGAUCGGCUGAGUCGCAUAAGCAUUGGCUUUGAGUAACUGUGGUGUGAUCACCACAGCUGUGGAUUAGGGUGCUGCUAUAGACAAUUCAUUCUCCGCACUGGCACAGCGAACUCCCUCGUUCUUCUCUCCAAUUUCCUUCAGCCAAUUUUAAUUUCGUCUUUAUAUAAAUCUCCCAAAUGGUUUCAAAGCUCGCUGCCGACUGCCUCUUCUGCAAGAUUAUCAAGGGUGAGAUCCCGUCUGUGAAGCUCGCUGAGACUGCGCACAGCUUCUCGUUCCUCGACAUCGGACCGCUCUCCGAGGGCCAUGCCCUGGUCAUCCCCAAGUACCAUGCUGAAAAGAUGCACGAGCUACCCGACGAGUUCUUGGCUGACGCCAUGCCUGUCGCCAAGAAGAUUGCUACGGCCUUGGGUGCGGAGAACUACAACAUCCUGCAGAACAACGGCCGCCUGGCUCACCAGGAAGUCAAGCAUGUCCAUUUCCACAUUAUUCCCAAGCCCAAUGCCGAAGAGGGUCUGGGCUUCGGCUGGCCUGCCAAGCCGGCCAACAUGGACGACAUCAAGGCUCUGGGCGAGAAGCUGAAGGAGAGGCUCUAAGCUGCUCGUAGCUGGUUAUGUUGUUAACUAAUGGAUGCACUUCUGAAUGACUAUCACUAUGUGCGGUGGGCCGUGGGCCAAGAAUGACACAUG